AUGGGUUCCAACGUCGGACUUGACCUCCGCGGUCUCACCCCUGCUCCCGUUACCCCUUUCAACAAGGACGGCAGCGUCGACUACGACGCCAUUCACCGCCUCGGCUCCUGGCUUGGCAGCAUUUCCGGCGUCAAGGGCCUUGUCGUCCUCGGCCAUGCUGGCGAGGGCACCUUCCUGACGCAAGAUGAGCAGCUCGCCGUCAUCAAGGCGUUCGUCAAGUCGGUCGACAACCGCAUCCCUAUCAUCGCCGGCAUCACGGGCGAAGGAACCGAGGUGGCCGCGCUCGAGGCCAAGCGCGCGCGGGAAGCCGGUGCCGCGGCCGGCCUGCUGUACCCUUCGCACGGCUGGCUCCGGUUCGGCUACCAGCCCGGCGCCCCGCAAGACCGGUACAAAAGGGUCUACGAGGUCAGCAAGCUGCCCCUCAUCCUCUUCCAGUACCCGGACGUCACCAAGGCGACGUACAGCCUGCAGACCCUCCUCGACAUCUCGGCGCAGCCGGGCGUGUUCGCGAUGAAGAACGGCGUCCGCAACAUGAGACGGUGGGACACGGAGAUCCCCGUCAUCCGAAAGGAGCGUCCCGACCUCCAGGUCCUGACCUGCCACGACGAGUACCUCUUGCACACCGCCUUUGACGUCGAUGGGAUGCUCGUGGGAUACGGCAACAUCGCACCCGAGGCGCUGAUUGAGUUGAUCAAGGCGGGCAAGGCCAAAGACUACCCGAGGGCGAGGGCGAUCCACGACAAGCUGCUGCCGGUUACCAAGGCCGUGUACCACAGAGGAUCGCACAUGGAGGGAACCGUCGCGUUGAAGCACGCGCUGGUGGCAAGGGGCAUUCUGGAGCACGCGACGGUCAGGUCGCCUCUGCUGCCUCUGGAGGACGGGGCGGAGGACGAGAUCCACUCGGCCGUGGCCGCCUCUUCUCUUUCGCGGGUCAAAUGA